CAAUUUCUGCGAUAGCGGCGUCCGGGACGAGGCGCCGACGGCCGCAGACCUCGGCUGCCGCACAGACCAAACGGAGCUCCGGCGAGUAUAGGGAGGAGUCUUUAUACAUCCCUAAUCUCCAGCUAUUGCCAAAGCUCGAAGCGUACGACGACGACUAAUUUCUGAGAACAGGUGGUUGUCAAAAUCAUGGCUACAUGUUCAAUAAGACCUGGCAUACCAGUCAUUUUGAAGGAAUUAGAAGAAGGUUCACAAUUUUUUCAUCAAGGUGCUUCUCUUCGAGUUACAGGAAAGCUACAAGAAUACAGCGUGGACACUGCCAUAGCGGUAAUCGCCGAGGAUGAUGUUAGCUUCAAGAUCGAUACACAACACUUGAGGGACCUCACCUUCCGGAUCGGCUCCUAUUAUCAGUUCAUUGGGGAACUCCUCAUUUUACCAGAGGACAGCGCAAUUUUGCAAGCGCGUGUAGGAAGGAACGUCGACGGCCUCGAUAUUAACCUCUACCGUCGAUCUCUUGAGCUUCGUCGACAAUUCGAAGUCGAGCUUAUGAAUUCCAGAGUGACAUGACAUCUAAUGAGGGAACACAAUCAGAAGUUCUGUCACAGGGCCGAAAGCCAGUAAUAAAUGAUUUAUGUAGAAGUCACUCUUCUGUGAGAUACUGUUGGUAGUUAAUUUGUGUUGUCUGCCAAGACCAUUUUCUAGGAUUUUUCUUGCUGAAAUCAAGUAAAAUGUUCCCUGUAAAUGUCAUUUUGCAUGCCUUAAAAGACUAUGCUGCGUCCUCAUAGCGCCAGCAGGCUCUUGUGCUUCUUCCUCGUGGUAGAUGAUCUGUUUCUUCGAACUUGUGCGACGGCAUAAACGUAUAAAUGUGUUGAUCAUCUCUUUGUUUAAGCCUAUUA